AUGGCAGCCAUCCCGAGCACCAUGAAGGCCCUCGUCGCCGUCCGCGACGCCGCCGAAGUCUCGGCCCCGUCUUCUGUGGCAGGCCGCGGCGCCACGCUCCGGGACGUGCCCGUGCCCUCCAUAAGCGGUAGCGAGAUCCUCGUCAAGGUGACCGCCGUCGUCCUCAACCCCACAGACUUCAAGCACAUUGACCUGCUCUCCCCCGAGGGCGCCGUCAUCGGCUGCGACUACGCCGGCGUCGUGGCCAAGGUCGGCGGCGACGCCACUGGCAGCUGGAAGGUAGGCGACCGCGUGGCCGGCUGGGUCCACGGCGGGCUGUACGAGGACCGCGGCAGCUUCGCGCAGUUUCUCAAGGUCGACGCCGACCUCGCCUGGAAGGUGCCCGACGGCGUGUCGGACCUCGCUGCGGCUACGUACGGCGUCUCCGCCACCACCGCCGUCCUCGGCCUGCAAAAGCACCUCGGCCUGCCCUGGCCCGAAACCACCACCACCACCACCACCACCGGCGCCGGCGCCGGGGAGCCCAUCCUCGUCUACGCGGCCUCCACCGGCGCGGGGCUCUACGCCGUGCGCCUCGCCAAGCUCGCCGGCCGCACCGUCGUUGCCACGGCCUCGCCGCACAACUUCGACCUGGUGCGGCGCUACGGCGCCGACGCCGUGUUCGACUACAAGUCGCCCACCGCGGCCGCCGACAUCCGCGCCGCCUACCCGGGCCUGCGCCAAGCUUUUGACGGCAUCUCGGAGAACGGCACCACCGAGUUCUGCGCCGCCGCGCUGCAGCCCGGCGGCAGCGUCGUCGUCCUGCUGCCGCCCAAGGCCGCCGAGAUCGACGGCGUCAAGGUCCAGCACAUCCUGGCGUACACACUCUUCGGGAGGGAGUUUCACCUGCUCCCGCCGCGGGGGCCCAAGUUCCCGGCGAGCGCGGAGGACCGCGCGGUGCUGGCGCGCUUCUACGCGCUGCUGCCGGGCAUCGUCGGCAAGCUGGAGCCCAUCCCCGUCAAGGAGCUGCCAGGCGGGCUCGAGGGCCUGGGAGAGGGUUUGAAUUUGCUCCGCGAGGGCAAGGUGUCGGGCACCAAGCUCGGCUAUAAAUUGGAGUAA